CAAUCUUUAACUUUCACAUCGCAUAAACCCAAUUGACCUACUCCCGACACUUCUCGACGCCAUGGAUGACCUUUAUGAUGAAUUCGGAAAUUUUAUCGGCGAGGAUGCCGAAGCAUCUGAGGAAGAAUCCGAGCGUGGAGUCGACCUGGACGCGUAUAUCGACGACAAUGUCCCCGAGGAAGCGCCAGAAACCACAGGGCAGGAAUUGAUGGAAAUAGACGACGGUCCAUCAAAUGCGGUGAUAUUACACGAAGAUAAACAAUACUACCCGUCGGCGGAACAGGUCUAUGGUCCAGAUGUCGAGAUAUUAGUCGAAGAAGAGGAUGCGCAACCGUUAUCACAGCCCAUUGUCGCGCCUGUUGAGGUGAAGAAGUUUUCUAUCGAAGAAGAAGACCUUCCUCCAGUCCACUUCGACCGCAACUUCAUGACCGAUCUCAUGAACUUCCCCGACCAAAUACGGAAUAUUGCCCUAGCUGGAGACCUCCAUCAUGGCAAGACCGCAUUCAUGGAUAUGCUGGUCCUUGAGACGCACGAUAUCGCUGAUAGAUUAGAGAAGCGACAGGGAAAGAAGAGAGAUGAGCAACUACGAUAUACCGAUACCCAUGUCGUGGAGAGGGAAAGAGGUGUCUCCGUGAAGGCGGCCCCUAUGAGCCUAGUACUGCAAAGUACCAAGGGCAAAUCACAUUUAUUCAACAUCAUAGAUACCCCGGGUCAUGUUAAUUUCGUCGAUGAAGUUGCAUCAGCAUUACGGCUCGUGGAUGGUGUUGCGCUGGUGGUGGACGUGGUGGAAGGUGUCCAAGUCAACACGGAGCAGAUCAUCAAACACGCAGUGCUCGAAGAUAUCCCGAUGACGCUAAUAAUUAACAAGAUGGAUAGACUAAUACUGGAGCUGAGACUACCGCCUAGUGACGCCUACUUCAAAUUAAAGCACGUUGUCGAGGAGGUGAACACCAUCGUCGAAAACACUCGGCCCGGCUCGGGCGAGAAACUACGAUUAAGUCCAGAGAAGGGAAAUGUCCUGUUCGCGUGCAGUGAGAUGGGCUGGUGCUUCACAUUACAAUCGUUCGCGAAGAUGUACGCGGACAGCUUCCCCGGCGUGAAUACGGAGGAAUUCGCAAAACGACUCUGGGGUGAUAUCUACUUCAACCCGAAGAAGCGAUCGUUCAGCAGGAAACCCCUGCCGGGCGAGCAAGGUGCUAGGAGGUCUUUCAUACACUUUGUGCUCGAACCCAUCUACAAAGUCUUCUCCCACACCAUCAGUCAGAGUCCUGACGAGCUCAAGGGGGUUCUAGCAACGUUGGGCAUAACGCUCAAGCCAUCGCAAUACAAGACAGAUGCGAAAGUGCUUCUGAAGCUAGUCUGUGAACAAUUUUUUGGACCGUCGACUGGCUUUGUCGAUAUGAUCGUCAAAAAUGUCCCAUCUCCAUUAGAGGCAGCUCAGCACAAGUUGGAACAGUACUAUACUGGCCCCUUAGACACCAAGGUAGCCGAGUCUAUGAAGAAGUGUGAUCAGGAUGGUCCCCUAGUGAUACAUAUCACAAAGCUCUUCAACUCUGCUGAUGCCAAAAGUUUCUACUCUUUCGGCCGAGUGAUGAGUGGUAUUGCUCGACCUGGAAUGCAAGUAAGAGUUCUUGGAGAGGGCUAUUCUAUCGACGAUGAGGAGGAUAUGGCUAUGGCAACCAUCGCGGAUGUCUAUAUUGCUGAAACGCGAUAUAACGUCCAGACCAGUGGUGUCCCUGCAGGAAACUGGGUGCUUCUGAGCGGCGUCGAUAACUCGAUCGUGAAGUCGGCAACAAUAGUACCACCGAAAUUGGAAGAUGACGAAGAAGCAUACAUCUUCAGGCCAGUCACACAUUUCACCGAGUCGGUUCUGAAGGUAGCAGUCGAACCCAUCAACCCGUCGGAACUCCCAAAGAUGCUUGACGGCCUGAGGAAGAUCAACAAGAGCUACCCUCUAAUUACGACGAAGGUCGAGGAGUCAGGCGAGCACAUCAUCCUGGGCACAGGAGAACUCUACAUGGACUGCGUGCUUCAUGACCUGCGACGACUGUAUGCAACGAUGGAGCUCAAGGUGUCGGAUCCCGUCACGCGCUUCUGCGAGACAGUUGACGAGAUGUCCGCUACCAAAUGUUACGCUAUUACCCCGAACAAGAAGAAUAAGAUUACUAUGGUCGCCGAGCCGCUCGACGACGGAAUCGCGGAAGAUAUCGAGAGCGGCCGUGUCAAGAUGCAGGACGGUGCCCGAAAAGUGGGCAAGUUCUUCCAGGACAAGUACGGGUGGGAUCUUCUGGCGGCGAGGAGUAUUUGGGCAUUCGGGCCGGAUGAGAAAGGACCUAACAUAUUGCAGGACGACACACUUGAGGUGGAUAAGACGCUUCUGAGAAGCGUGCGAGAGACCAUUCGCCAAGGCUUCAGUUGGGCUACCCGAGAAGGUCCUCUGUGUGAAGAACCGAUCCGCAAUACCAAGUUCCGCAUCAUGGACGUGUCAUUAGCACAGGAGGCGAUCUUUCGAGGUGGUGGUCAGAUCAUCCCGACGGCGCGCCGCACCUGCUACAGUUCGUUCUUGAUGGCGUCGCCGCGGCUUAUGGAGCCUCUAUAUGCGUGCUCGAUGACAGGUCCCCAGGACGCAGUACCCGUGCUGUACAAUGUGCUCGCGCGCCGCCGCGGACAUGUCUUGGCCGACGGGCCUAUCGCCGGGACUCCACUAUACCGCGUCAACGGGCUGAUUCCCGUUAUCGAUUCUUUCGGGUUCGAGACGGACGUAAGAAUCCAGACCCAGGGACAGGCUAUGGUUAGUCUUGUUUUCGAUAAGUGGCAGAAGGUGCCCGGUGAUCCGCUUGACAAGGAGGUUGUUCUACGACCGCUGCAACCGGCUGAAGCCCAAGCUACGGCGAGGGAUUUCGUGCUUAAGACAAGACGGAGAAAGGGGUUGAGCGAGGACGUGAGCGUGGCGAAGUUCCUCGAGCCCGAGUUUUAUCAGAGUCUGAUGGAGAGUGGGACUUUGGGGAGCCCGUGAACGACUCAGGCUCGAGUUAGGGUUCGUUGAGAAGAGGUUAAUGAAGACGACGCCAUUGUACUAUACAGUCAGAGAGUUAAUUGCAUCGAUGGGCUAAAGGUAGUCUCACCAAAACUUGGAAGAUGGGUAUCAAUGACUAGGUAAUUAGUCCAGCACGCAGUAUUAGUCUAAGAGAGAACUUACAAGGGGAUAGUCGAUGCCAAGGCUAUACCUGGAAUAUAAAAGAGCACAGACGCACUACUUAACUUGUUCUUAGAUACACUAUUAAGUCUUGACGCGUAUGUUGGAAGGGUCUUAGAUCGCAAGUCAAGAUCGUACAGGGAAGUCUAUCUUUAAUGCGUGAUUUGCGCAAAAUUUACAGGGUGUGCUGGUAAAAGAGCCUCUCGAGAACCCAGUAGAGAAGGCAAGGGGAGGGAAAGAGGUUGAUUGGUCACAAGCGAGUAACCCCCCCCCCGCCCCCUUGUCCCGCGUCUGAUAGGGCCUCGUGUAUACGAGAC